AUGAAAACAAGGAGACGAAGUUACAAUUCUGAUGAAAAUCGAGAGAGAAUCAGUGAUUUACCUGAUUGUGUUUUAAUUCACAUAUUGUCCACUUUGAACACCAAACAGACUGUUCAAACUUGCAUCCUCUCUGCAAGAUGGAAGAAUCUCUGGAAGCUUAUUCCAGUUAUUUCCUUGGAUUCUUUUUACUUCAAGAGUGUCAAGGGUUUCAAUGAAUUUGUUUCUCGAAUUUUGUUUUUACGCGAUGACAAAACAUCACUGUACGCUCUCAAUUUUUAUUACCGCCAUAUCAACAAUCACCUGCUCAAAAGGGUUAUGAAAUAUGCAUUUUCACACAAUGUCAAGGUAUUGAAGAUAUUGAUGGGUUCUUGUUAUGAAUCAUUUCCACUUUGCUACUUUUCUUCUCAUACUUUAACUUCUCUUAACAUUACUGUCAGUGAGUGGAGGAGGACAAUAUUUCCAAAUUCUCUUAAUUUUCCAGUGUUAACCAACCUGUCUAUACGGUCAUUUGUCUUUCGCAGCAGUGGUGAUAAUGGCUUUGUUGAGCCCUUUUCGGCAUUUAAAUGUUUGAAUACUUUGAUCAUUGACAGUUGUGAAAUUCAUGAUGGAGAAAAGCUCUUCAUAUCAAGUGCCACACUUGUUAAUUUAACAAUUAAAAUGUUUCCUUUUUCUUACAAAUUUGAGUUAUCUACCCCGAAUCUGUGUAGCUUUGAUUUUACGGGCAUUCCUAUUCAAAAACUCAGCGAGAGCAAUAACAGUCUCUCAUCUAUCAAACAUGUAAAUAUUGAUGUAAAAAUAGAAUAUCCUGAACAAAAUUAUCCCUUGAUUCUACUUAAUUGGCUAACCGAACUUGCUCUUAUGGAAUCAUUGACGGUAUCUUCAAAGACGCUUCAGAUUCUCUACUUAGUUCCGAAUUUAUGGAAUAUUGAUUUCCCUUGCUUACGUAACUUGAAGUCAUUGAAAAUUAAAAAUUACGGACCUUCGCCAAUAUCUUAUGGAGUAGACGACUUCUUGCUUCAAAAGGCACCGUCUGCAAAGAAAUCAAUCAUUGAUUUGUAA